GCCAGCCCCGCCGUGAUGCCCGCGCGCCCCGGACGCCUCCUCCCGCCGCUGCCCCGGCCGCUGGCCCUGGCCGCGCUGCCGCUACUGCUGCUGCUGCUGGGCCAUGGCGGCGGGCGCGGGGGCGCCUGGGCCCAGGAGCCGGGGGCGGCGGCGGCGGCGGCGGACGGGCCCCCACCGGCCGACGGCGAUGACGGGCAGGACCCGCACGCCAAGCACCUGUACACGGCCGACAUGUUCACGCACGGGAUCCAGAGCGCCGCGCACUUCGUCAUGUUCUUCGCGCCCUGGUGUGGACACUGCCAGCGGCUGCAGCCCACUUGGAAUGACCUGGGAGACAAGUACAACAGCAUGGAGGACGCCAAGGUCUACGUGGCUAAAGUAGACUGCACAGCCGAGUCAGAUGUGUGCUCCGCCCAGGGGGUCCGAGGAUACCCCACCUUGAAGUUUUUCAAGCCUGGCCAAGAAGCUGUGAAGUACCAGGGUCCUCGGGAUUUCCAGACACUGGAAAACUGGAUGCUGCAGACGCUGAAUGAGGAGCCUGUGACACCAGAGCCAGAAGUCGAACCGCCCAGAGCUCCUGAGCGCAAGCAGGGACUGUAUGAGCUCUCAGCAAGCAACUUUGAGCUGCACGUUGCACAAGGCGACCACUUUAUCAAGUUCUUCGCUCCGUGGUGUGGUCACUGCAAAGCUCUGGCUCCAACCUGGGAGCAGCUGGCUCUAGGCCUUGAACAUUCUGAAACUGUCAAGAUUGGCAAGGUCGACUGUACGCAGCACUAUGAACUCUGUUCAGGAAACCAGGUUCGUGGCUAUCCCACUCUUCUGUGGUUCCGAGAUGGUCAAAAGAUUGACCAGUACAAAGGCAAGCGGGAUUUGGAGUCCCUGAGAGAGUAUGUGGAAUCACAGCUGCAGAGCACGGAGCCGGGGGCCCCGGAGGCCGUCGAGCCGUCAGAGGCCCCAAUGCCAGCCACUGAGCCCGCGGCCAAGGGCACCCUGUUGGCACUCACAGAAAAUAACUUCGAUGACACGAUCGCAGAAGGAAUAACCUUCAUCAAGUUUUAUGCUCCAUGGUGUGGUCAUUGUAAGAAUCUGGCUCCUACUUGGGAAGAACUCUCUAGAAAGGAAUUCCCUGGUUUGGCAGAGGUCAAGAUUGCGGAGGUGGACUGUACUGCGGAACGGAAUAUUUGCAGCAAGUACUCGGUACGAGGCUAUCCCACAUUGCUGCUUUUCCGCGGAGGGAAAAAAGUCAGUGAGCACAGUGGAAGCAGAGACCUUGACUCGCUGCACCACUUCGUCCUGCGCCAGGCAAGGGAUGAGCUGUAAAACCCAGUCCCAAGUCGCCCGGCCACCCGUGCCCAGGGUGUGGGAGCUGAAUUGUGCAGGUGUGGAGUUUCACAUGGUGGUUUUUCAGAGAGCUGAAUGUACUAAACUUGUGGUAUCUUCUUUGUGUGUGUGAUUUUUAAGGCAACACACUCUACAAAUUCUUUAUUAAGUUUCUCUAAGUAAACACGUAACUCGUGAUCCCUUCGCAAACAAUACUUUCAGUGGCGAUCUGUCGUCCCCUUUGCCUUUCUCUUGAUGAAUCUAAAUGGUUUCCUUUGAGACUAAAAUAGAGUUGAGAAAAAUCAAAUUGCUCAACUA